UGCUGUAAAACCAAAACAAAGGUACCAAAACAAAAAACACAGCGCCGCCUACGAAACACACACACACACAAUCUUUUAUUGAAACAACAGUGUGAAAGAAGCAACAGCGGCGGGGUUCGAUGAGGAGUAAACCAAACAUACUAGUGACCGGAACACCGGGGACAGGGAAGACUACGACGGCGUCUGCGGUGGCGGAGGCAGCCAAUCUCCGACAUAUAAACAUCGGAGACCUAGUCAAGGAUAAAAAGUUGCACGAUGGUUGGGAUGAUCAAUUCCAAUGCUACAUUCUUAAUGAAGAUCUUGUUUGUGAUGAACUUGAAGAUAUAAUGGUACAGGGAGGGAACAUUGUGGACCAUCAUGGAUGCGACUUCUUUCCAGAACGCUGGUUUGACCGUGUGGUCGUACUACAAACAGAAAACUCCGUUCUUUAUGACCGUUUGACCAAAAGGGGCUAUUCUGGUGCAAAGCUUACCAACAAUCUCCAAUGUGAAAUCUUUCAAGAGCUAUUGAAUGAAGCAAACGAAAGUUACAAAGCGGAGAUAGUGGUGGCAAUGAAAAGCGAUACUGUCGAUGACAUGAACACAAAUGUAGCAACGUUAACUGAGUGGGUUAGAAGCUGGAGCUCAACGAGCUGAUAUCAACAGUAGUAGCUAGUAGUAAUAUUGUGUAAGAUGAAGUAGUGAACCAACUUUAUAUAUCAUAUUUCCUGUUGCGAUUUUUAUCCACUCUCUUUAUCAUUAGAAUUUUGAGACAUGAGGGAUGCGUAUUUGAAAGAUGAUUGAUAAUGUUCAGAACUUUGGUUAUGAGGGAAAUUAUGUGGACCUUUUUUUUUGUGAAAUUGUUGAGGAAACUUUACCAGA